CUAAUAUUAUUAAGAAAAAAAAAUGACAGAAGUCAGGAAGACAUUUUGAAAAUAAAAUGUUUUUGGGCUGCUGACGGUACAAUAAAUAAAAAAGAUAUUCCUUGAUGCAGAAGUUGAAGAACUUUAAUAAAACAAUAAGAAUUAGUGACAUUCACGGAAAGCUGCGAAGAUGUUAGUACGGAGGCUGACAAGGUCCUUGUGGAACACAACAUUGAGAUUUGAAAAGCGGCUGCUUGCUUCAGAGCCUCUGAAGCCUCAGCCAGAAGAGAAGGAUGGAGUUGAUCCAGUCCAGUUGGAAGCUCUGGAUAAAGACAUUUGCUUGUUAGUAGAUGAGAAAGACAACUUCCUUGGGACAGCUACUAAGAGAGAAUGCCACAAAGUAGGAGAAGAUGGCAAGAUAUUACUCCACCGGGCAUUCAGUGUGUUUUUGUUUAACAAGAGAGGAGACAUGCUUCUGCAAAGGAGGGCUAGUCAAAAAGUUACAUACCCAGAUUAUUACACAAAUGCAUGUUGCAGCCACCCAUUGUACAUAGAUGAUAAGGCUGAAGAUGUAAUCACAGCUGCUAGACGAAGGCUUAACUAUGAACUGGGCAUUCCUUUAGACCAGAUGGACCCGGAGUUGUUCACGUACAUGACGCGCGUGCACUACCACGACCCCGGCGACGGCGUGUGGGGAGAGCACGAGAUCGACCACAUACUCUUCUUCCAAAGCGAUGUCAAGGUCAAACCAAACUCUAACGAGAUCUCGGAAUAUUGCUUCGUACCCAAAGCUGAGUUUAACGCGUUCUUACCAACCCUAGAAGGUCCAAUUACGCCAUGGUUCAACAUGAUUCGUCGUCACCGGCUGAAGCUCUGGUGGGACAACCUGCACCGUCUCAAGGAACUUGCCGAGCCCGACAAGAUACAGAAGUUCAUGAACGAAACUAAAUAACUUACACAUCGCCUUUCAAACACUAGUAGCAUAGGCAAUCAAUUUUAUAUUUAUUAUUGGUUAUAUUAAUAUCAGGACAAUGGUAAAUGUGUUUUUUUUUUCUAUUUAAUAAAAGUUUUUAUUUAAUUGCAUAGGUUUCUAUUGUUUGUAGUUUAGUUAGUAUCAUAACUACCUCCAGUAAUAAUGGAAUGCUUUUAUUUUAUAUAGAAACCAGUUAUCAAAUGGUUCUAUUAAUUUUGUUUCUUCAUUUAUCUCCACAUAAUAAUUUUGUAAUGUUGUACAUAGUCGAUACAUAAUAACGACGGGUGCUUUGUAAAAUUUAGGCAAAGAGAAGAUAUAAGAGAAUUGUCUGCAAAGGUGAACACAUGCCCUGUAUAAUUUCUAUAAAUGCAUCAAUAAAUAUAUUUAUUAUUGAUUA